GAGACCCUUUUUCUUCCUUCCCUUCAACCCCUUUUGGUUCCCCUUAAUUCUUCAAAGGCUCAAUCAAAGCUAAGAUUUUUAUCUCUUAAGCUUUACAAUAAUUAAAGGUUAAAAACGUGUGUGGUUGUUGUUGGAAGUUGAAACACAAGUUACAGACCAAGUGUUUGAUCUUAAAUUUCUCUUAACAAUUCUCUUUUGUUUUCAAUAUUAUAUACCCAAUUUUUUUAACUAUUUAGUCUUGGAUAUUUUGUUUAUCUUGUCAUCUUUUCUGUUUUUUUGUUCUCAUCUUUUGCAUCCUUCUUUGUGUGUCUUUAUCUUUCUGUUAACUUUCCCUUCUGGUCCUGGAUAGGCCAGGAACCUAACCACCCUGGUCUAAAGCUUCAUCUGGUUCUCCUAUGGCAACUUGGGUUUUAUCAGAAUGUGGCUUAAAGCCUCUUCCUCCAGUAUUUCCAAGACCUAGAACUGGGGUUGUUUUGUUCAACCCUUCAAAGGUUAGGUUUGUUAGCACAAACAUGGGAGUGAGAGAUCUGAAGUUUCAACCCAGAGGCUAUACAAGUUGUAGCUUUGGGGAGAGAAACUGGGGAUUGAAAGUGAGUGCCCCUUUGAGUAUUGCUUCUCCCAUUGAAGGAGAGCAAGAGAGUGCAGCAGAGAUAAUCAAUGGUGCUAAUGGGGUUGAACAAGAACUUCCAGAAUUUGACCCUAGUGCACCACCACCAUUCAAAUUGGCUGAUGUUAGAGCAGCAAUUCCAAAACAUUGUUGGGUAAAGGACCCUUGGAAGUCAAUGAGUUAUGUAGUCAGAGAUGUCAUUGUUGUUAUUGGGUUGGCUGCUGCUGCUGCUUUUCUCAACAACUGGUUGGUUUGGCCUCUCUAUUGGGCCGCUCAAGGGACUAUGUUCUGGGCUCUGUUUGUUCUUGGCCAUGAUUGUGGUCAUGGAAGCUUUUCAAAUGACCCCAAUCUGAACAGUGUUGUUGGGCAUCUGCUACAUUCUUCAAUCUUAGUACCUUAUCAUGGAUGGAGAAUUAGUCAUAGGACUCAUCACCAAAAUCAUGGCCAUGUUGAAAAUGAUGAAUCUUGGCACCCGUUGCCUGAGAAAAUAUUCAGGAGCUUGGACAAUGUAACACGUACUUUAAGAUUUAAAGUGCCUUUUCCAAUGCUUGCAUAUCCUGUAUACCUUUGGAGCAGGAGUCCUGGGAAGACUGGUUCUCACUUUGACCCAAGCAGUGAAUUGUUCGUUCCCAGUGAAAGAAAAGAUGUUAUUACUUCUACAGUUUCUUGGACAGCAAUGGUGGCAUUGCUUGUAGGAUUGGGGUUUGUAAUGGGACCAAUUCAAUUGCUAAAGCUUUAUGGAGUUCCCUACGUGAUUUUUGUCAUGUGGUUGGAUUUGGUGACUUACUUGCACCAUCAUGGCCAUGAAGACAAAUUACCAUGGUAUCGUGGACAGGAAUGGAACUACCUUAGGGGUGGUCUUACUACUAUUGAUCGUGACUAUGGAUUAAUUAAUAACAUACACCAUGACAUUGGAACUCAUGUCAUUCAUCACCUAUUUCCUCAAAUCCCACACUAUCACUUAAUUGAAGCUACUGAGGCAGCUAAGCCAGUGUUUGGAAAAUAUUACCGAGAGCCAAAGAAAUCUGCUCCUUUUCCCUUUCACCUUAUUGGGGACUUGGUAAGGAGCUUGAGGAAAGACCAUUUUGUUAGUGACACUGGAGAUAUAGUGUACUAUCAAACAGACCCUGAGCUUAGUGAUUCAUCCAAAUCAAACUGAAGCUUAAAAUUUUCCCAUUUUGAAGACAAGUGGGACUUCAACACAAUUCUUAUUGCUGUAAAGAUUGUAUUAGCUUCUCUUUAAGUUACUGCACGUAUUUAGAGUUGAAUUAUUCAUAAGUAAAGGGAAUGAAUGCCUCUUAGAAAUUUAUUGUAACUGCCUGAUAGUAAAUAAUGAGUAGGGUAUGUGUAGUUUAUCCUUCUUGAAGACUGAUUUGUCUGUAAAUUGAUUUUUCUUCAUGAAGGAAGUGAAAUAUUGAAU